AGAUACAUGGACCCCAAUUUUCAUAGCAGCAUCAUUUACAAUGGCUAAGAUAUAGAAGCAACUGUGUCCAUCAACAGAUAAAUGGAUAAAGAUGUGUUAUGUGUAUAUAAUGAAAUACUACAAUGGAACUUUGCCAUUUGCAGGGACUUAGGAGGGCAUUUUAUUAAGGGAAACAAGUGAGAGAGAGAAAGACCAAUACAAUAUAUUAUCACUUACAUGUGGAAUAUAAGAAAAUACAACAAACUAGUGAAUAUAAAAAAAAAAGAUGCAGAUUCACCAAUGUAGAGUGGAGGGAACGGGGAGCAAAAUAAAGGUAGAGGAGUCAGAGGUGAAAUCUUUUGGAUAGGUUCAAGGGUGUAUUGUACAAUAUGGGAACUAUAGCCAAUAUUUUAUAAUAGCCAUAAAUGAGGAGUAACCUUUAAAAAUUGUAUUAAACUUUUUUUAAAAAAAAAGAAAGCUAUGAAGCAAUUGAAAAUUUGAACAAUAUAUAAUGUGUACUUCUUUUACUUGAAAUAUUGGAUACUAAAUAGUAUAAAAAUCCUCCUCUGAUCAAAGUAAAAUAAUGGCAAAUCACACAGCUGGUAAGCCACCUUAAACACAAACCCACUUACACUCUUAAUCACUUGACACAGAUGAAGAAACAGUUAGUGAACAUUAGUGCAUGAUUAUAAUGAUGAUAAGAGAGUAAUAUCAUAAACACAAAUCUAAUACCUUAAGAUAGUUUCUGUAAUCAAGAAGCCUGCUAAAAUGAAAUUACACUGGAGGAUUGUAUCAGUUAAUCAAUGUAUUUUUAUAGAAAUGAUUUUGAAUGAACACAUUUUAGAGAAUUGCCCAAAACUCUGUAUUACUUAAUAAAUCAAGGGUUUUUGCAGAAUGCAAACACAUAUUCAGUAUGAGAGGUUUUAAGGAAAAUGAUCUUCUGCUCUUAAUAAUAUCCUUGCGAUUUCACUCACAGGAAUGAGCCAUAAUUUCAUUAAACAAAAACAUAACAUGGAAAAACAGUCUUUUUUUAAAUGUCCUAGGAAAGCUUUGUUAAGCUAGUAGGAAACAAAUGUAAUUUAAAAAAUAGUAGAAGAUUCUUUGCAUCUGAAUAUAUUCAUAUGGCUUGUCGUCUACCACCCACAAUUAAUAAGGAUUUUUUUUUAAAAAAAAAUUAGGUAACACAAUGCCAGUUUGAACUUAUGUGGCCCAUUAACCAUCUAUCUAAUCAGCACUCUGUAAUAAAGCAUGAUUACCCCCCCCACAUACAUACACAAUAAAAUUUUCAUAAACACACCAUUGUCAGCGUGGAAAGUAUCAGAUUGAGAAAAUGUGAGUUAGAAAAUCUUCUUGAAAAUUUUGUAGUAAGCUAUUUUUAAAAAUUCAUGUUUUUUAUUUUUGUGUAUAUUUUAUUUUCAUGAACAGUUCUUAUAGCUCAAUAAAUGCAUCUAUUAUUAUUUUAAAAAGCUCAUAAGCUUAUAUUUGUGUAUAUUUUUUCAAAAUUUUUCACAUGGUUUAAACAUUACACUAAAAAUUAAUAUUCGGGAAUAUUUAAAUGAAUUAUAUUGUUUUUCUCAGCACAAAUAUAAACUAAUUUGGUUUGAGGAGCCUAGAUUUAGAUAUAGGAAUGGGAAAGAGCCACAACAUUUAAACACAUCAUAACCUCAAAGGCAACAUUAUAAAAAUGUAGGAUUCACCUGGCCCUCUUCUAAAAAUACGACUCAUAUUCAGUAUCUUUAUUUCUUUUCUUUUUUUGUUUUUGUUUGGUCUCUGUUCAUCCACACUGCCCAUUUCCUGCAAAAUAUAAUGUCAAAGGAGCACCAUGAACAUGGAAACUCUUCCUUAUUCAUUGGAAACUAAGAACUGCGGAUGAAAUCUCUUUUAUAUUCCAAUAAUUAAAAAUAAAUACUUUGCAUUUAAGAUGGUACCCUAACUCAUUUAUUCAAUGAGGUAUAAGAAGAAUCAAUAGGAAAUAACCUUUUGGAAGAUAAGCUCUAUGUCUGGCACUGAACUAGGUAUUCAGUAUGUAUGUUGCAUUGGUCUCAGCCUAUUGAUGGUGAUGCUGUUGGCUAGGAAUGACCUAAAUACUUUUUACACAGAACUCUGCAGACAUCCCUCCCACCACAAUCAGGGACACAGCCUACGGCUAGACUGGACUUUGUGGUUCUUAUUAUGAUUGCCAGAUGCCCCUCAGCAGACUAUUAGGGAACUUUGAAGAACAAAUUUUAUUACUCACGGGUUCUGGGGAACAUGCUGCAGGUCUAAGGACCACAAAGAGAGGGAGAGAGAGACAGAGAGAUAACGUGGACCUGCUACUCUGCCUUUAUUAGGGUUGGUGUUGCAAAGCUUUACUCUUUAUUUGAUGAAUCUAAAGCAUAAAGAUGAGAAUGGGGAUAUGGGAAGGAAAACGUGAGAUUACCCAACAGAUCAAGUUUCUAGGUUACCCAGUGCUCUCUAGAAGGAAAACUUUAUGGGCAGGGGAAGUCUGGUUCCUUAUCUGGUUGUUUUGCUAGUAGUGGGAUGUCUUUAAGUGGAUGCUUUGGCUAUCAAAAACUCAAAGUCAGACACCCUGCAGUAUGUUGCCUCCUUUUACCUUGCUUAGGUAAAUAUGUUAUGGUAUGUAUUCUCAUUUUAGAUAUAAGGACGCUGGAGCUCAGAGAAAUUAUUGUGACAGAAUCACAGGCAUUGGGGUUUGAGUCUGUGAGACUUUCAAACCAAACCCUUUUCCCUCUCCUGUGUUUGGUCUGUGUACAUGAAAAUGAAACCCAUUUAGAGGACUGAAGAAAUAAAAUGGCUCCAAAGUAGAGAUGCUAAGAGAAAUAAUCAUGCCUGCAUGAUGCCUAUGGACUGUUUAUUUGAAUAGUAUUUGAAUGUGUACUACUACUUUGGCGGUCAUGACUGAUAUAGCUGACACCGUGCUGUCAUAACAGCCUGUGCUGUCAUAGUAGCAUGGCUGGUUGACUAGGCGGCUCUAUGUGAAGCUGGCAAGAGCACUUCCCCUAGAGUUCACUGCCAGGGUUGGAAGCCUCGCCUCCAUUCCUACCUCACAAGAUUGCUAUGAGGGUUAAAUGAAAUAUUCCAUAGGAAGUCCUUCAGUGGUGGCAAGCACAUUUUAAGUGCUUAAUGAAUGUUAGCCAUCACUGAUAUCAUGGAUUUUUGUUUCCGCAGAUCUUAGCCUAAUGCAAAAUAAAUAGCUUCUUAAGGGUAUAGGUGGAGAUUUGACAUUUUUUUUUCCCUGCUGAGUGGCAGACACCACUAAUCAAAAAUGGCACUCUUUACCUCCAGGCCUAGACAAGGCCUUAGGAUCCUUACCCCAAAUGCCUCAACCAAACAUCUAAGAAGUGAUUGGAUUUGGCAUGUAGCAGUAAACUUCUUUUGCUGUACUAGACAGUAAGACUUUUUUUAUGAAUAAUGUCGUGCACUAAGAAAAUACCAUUUCAGCUAGAAUAUAACUACUUCAAUAUAAAUUGGUUUUAUGAUAGACUCUCUAACAGUUCUCUCUCUCCCUCUUUUUUUCCCCAUUUUUAGCUGUCCUCCUUAGCCUUUUGGAAGUUUCCCAGCCAGGGAUCAAAUCCCAACCAGUGUUUCAAUCUACACCACAGCUGCAGCAAUGCUGGAUCCUUAACCUACUGUGCCACAGUGGGAACUCCUCUAACGGUUCUUUUUAGAUGAGGUAAUUCUCACACAUGCAAAUGAAAUGUGGCAUAAUGAUCUAAAAUGAAAUAUGAAUUUCAUUCCUGAAAUAUCUCCUGGGAAAUUUGUCUUCAAAAUUGCAAUGUGUCUCAUCUGCAUUGCAGCAUCUGUAGGUUCUGUUUCCUUCACUUAAACUCCAAGUCCCAGUUUCUUUCAUGUGGCUAACUCUUUGUUAGUGUCCUUCCAUGUAAUUUUGUGGAUCAUUUCUGCUGCAGUCUUUAAUCACAUAAUCAUCACUUGGUAAGCUUCUCCUUAGCAAUAUUAUAGACUCUCUGAUGAAAUGAAAUUUCUUUAUUCCCUAUAUCUCCAUAUCCUAGGAGCCUGGAAUGGUCUCUUGUGGGCAAUACAAAUUUCACUUAAUGAAGUUGUGAUAAUUUUGCCUAAGUCAGAUGACACAGAUUCUUUACAUUUUUUUUUCUCAGACUUUACAUCCUUUCUCAUUAUUUCUUCCAGAUCCUCCAAGUGCUUUGGGCACUAACAUAUACAGUUUGGAUGCAGAUGUACCCCUAAAACUUCAUCAGACAUUACCCUGAAAAUAUGAAACUGAAACUUUCACCAUGAGGCUAGCAUUAUCCCAUCACUGUUAAAAGUCUUUAUUUUGGAGUUCCUGUCAUGGUGCAGUGGAAACGACUAGGAACCACGAGGUUGCAGGGUUUAUAUUUUAUCUACUUGAAUCAACAUGACUGAAGGAACCUAGGAAGCAACAAAUGACACGAGAACAAUACAUACUAGCAACACAACAGAAUAACCUGCCAAGGGCUGAAAAUGCACACCUUUACCCAGUGGGAAUUUAUGGAUGGCGAAAGAGGUGCUUAUACUUCUUUGUCCUUCUGCUGUUGGUUACCAUGAUAGUGAACUUAGCCAUGACAAUUUGGAUAUUGAAAGUUAUGAACUUCACUGUGGAUGGUAUGGGAAAUCUGAGAGUCACCAAGAAGGGAAUCCGACUUGAAGGUAUAUCUGAGUUUCUACUUCCAUUGUAUGUGAAAGAAAUUCAUUCCCGAAAGGAUAGUCCACUGGUCUUACAGUCUGACAGGAAUGUAACAGUGAAUGCAAGAAAUCACAUGGGGCAGUUAACUGGACAGCUGACAGUAGGAGCUGAUGCUGUGGAAGCUCAGUGUAAAAGAUUUGAAGUGAGAGCGAGUGAAGAUGGCAGGGUGCUGUUUUCUGCAGAUGAAGAUGAGAUUACCAUUGGGGCUGAAAAGCUGAAAGUUACAGGCACUGAAGGAGCAGUAUUCGGGCACUCUGUUGAGACUCCUCACAUCAGAGCAGAACCUUCCCAAGACCUCAGGCUUGAAUCACCAACUAGGUCCUUGAUAAUGGAAGCUCCCCGGGGGGUCCAAGUGAGUGCUGCAGCUGGAGACUUCAAGGCCGCCUGCAGGAAGGAGCUCCAUUUACAGUCCACAGAAGGAGAGAUAUUUUUGAAUGCGGAUACAAUCCGGCUGGGAAACCUACCGACGGGCUCUUUUUCCUCUUCUUCACCCAGCUCCUCUCAUUCUCGGCAGCCAGUGUACGAACUGUGCGUCUGCCCCAACGGCAAACUGUACCUGUCUCCCGCCGGGGUCGGGUCCACUUGUCAGUCCAGUAGCAACAUCUGCUUGUGGAGCUGAAGUGACUGAUUUCUCCUCACACCAGAAUAGCCUUUUGUUCCUGUCCGUCUGCUUCACAGUUCUGCUCCGUUUCCCUUGUGAUCAGUCCAGAGCUUCUCCAAAUGGUCCACAGAGCAACUCCUCCCAGGGUAAGCAGGGAUUCGCGGCCACCUUCUCCCGUGAUGUCCCGUACUGCUCAACACGGAGAGUAUGAGUGACAGAACAGUGGAAAGACCGUCUUCAGCAGGAAAACUGGAUCAUAAAUUUUGCUCGGAAGGGAGAAUAACAUAGGUGCCUUUGCUACAUGAAGUGAAGCACACAGUUUUAGAUUUUUGCAGGACCUGGAUAUGGACUGCACAUAUAUACAUUACAUAGAUGAAAUUCCCAGUAGCCAAUGGCAAAAUGAAAUGGUUAACCCUGUAAGAAAACUAAUUCUACAGUCUGAAAGCACAAUUUUCCAUUCAUCUUUUUGGAUGUAAACUUUUAUCCCCGAAUUUUAAAAUUUUAAAGCAUUAUGUAAUGCUUGCUUUACUAAAAAUCAAAUUCAAUACAUGGUUUUUAACGAAACAAAACAAGACAGAAUCCCACUCUGAGUUUUAUUUGUUCCCUUAAAUUCAAUGUGUUGUUACUCUUUGUCUACUAAGUCUAGAAUUUUGUACAUUAGGUAAUUUUGAAAGCUCUCAGCAAUAGAAUCUUUACAGAAUUAACAAAAUGCCAUUAUACUUUCAUUUGUCAGAUCUGAAUGGCCUUAUAUAGUAUUUAUUUGGCUAUUGCAUGUGACACAUUUGCUUUUAACAAAACACCUUAUUUACUGCAAUAUAAGGUAGGAUUAAGAGGGACAUACUGAUGGUGUGGAAUCCAUAGAUUCUUUUUCUUUUCUUUAAUUCAGGUUAUAUCCUUUACACCUAGGUUCUAAUAGUACAAUUUUCAUUUGCUUCCUUGAGUACUUUAUACUCAACUCGGACUGCUAAAAUUAAAACAUCCUCUAAAUAAAUAAAAACGAUUGUGAUGCCUAAUGCUGAGAAUGAAUUCACUUUCCAUUGGAAUAUCAUCUUCAAAGUUAUAUCUAUGUAUUUUUCUGUUGGAAGACUUAAGGACAGUAGAGAUUAAAUUAAAAAUACCCGCUUAAACAGUCAAACAUACAAAUGUUAGCAAACAUGUUGAAAUGUGUUUACACCAUUAGAUUCAUAUUUUAAGGAAUUUAGUCUCAUUACCUUUCAGCUCUUAAUAUUUAAUAAUUGCUUUUAUUAGACUGUUAAGCCACCCUAACAUCUAAAAGCAUCAUUCCUUUCAUGUCUACUGUUUAUUUUUGUAAAACUCCUAAUAAGUAACUCCAGAAUACUGUAGAUUCGUUUACCAUAACACUUCUUAACUCUAACACUUGAAAUUUACAGAAUCCAAGAAUAUAAAAUUAUAUUAAAUAUUUCCUAUUAUGGGAAGAUGGCUUGAUUACCAUAAGGUAAGUCUUUAAUUUUUACAUGUCAAUCCAUGUUUUUCUCCCCCAUACACCCUAUGACAGGUGUGUGGAAGUUUCAUUUUGGGGGUUCAUGACUGUAGAACUUUUGGAGUUCAGGACUACAACACAGGGUGAGGCGGAAAAUUGGAACUUGGAGAAAUAAAUUGGUUAAUAUAAGUAAAAAAUUUGAGUAAUACAAGCAACAAAGUGAACCAUUUAGCCAGAAUUACUUGUUUUGAUUACCUAACAUAUUGAAUACCUGAAAAAGCUCCAUUUCACUAAGUGUAUUCUGUACUCAGCAGAGAAGCAGUUAUUACUUUUAAAAUAGAACUUGACUUGUGUUUGGGGGUUAUUAUAUAAAACUUUACGUUGAUAUUGGAGUUGAAGUUAAGAUAUGAAGUUGCUUUAAAAGUCAUAUUCUAACAGGAAUUUAAUUCAUUUAAGUUAAAACACUAGAAUUUACUGCGAGAAAUUCUCACACUGUCUUUUACGUAAUACUCACACAAAGUAUAACACAAGGAAUUUUGAGAAAUAAUAGGUGCUAAUCACUAUAUUAUGGACUUUUUAUCAAAACACUAUGUAUUAAUUUGAGACUUGUUGAAGUUCUAAACAUCCCUAAAUUAAAAUAAUUAGAAAGUUUCUUAGUCAGAUGGGAACAAUUCUUUUGAUUAGUGAUUAGCCCUGUUUCUAAUCUCAGCUCUGUCUUUUACUAAUCAGUGAGCUAAUUUGGGCAGUCUGAGAAUAUCUCUAGGCUUCAAUUUACUCAACUUUACAACAAAAGUAUUGAAUCGGAUGGUCUCUCGAGAUUCCUUCCAGCUCUAAUUCCAAGAGCAAAUAUUAUAGAAGGUGAAAGGGGCCAUAGAAAUUUUAAACUAUGUGUCAUGAGAAGAGAAAAGAUUAAAAAAAAAAAAAAAAAGAAAAUCCAAUUCCAGUGAGGGGCUGUCAAAUUUUGAAUUCACGUGUAUUUUGAAACAUUAUAAACACAAAUCAAAAGAAAUAUAUGAGAUUUAGACUAUGUCUAGAUGAUGUAAAAAUAUCUGCUCAAUGUAGUUUAAAAAAUGGUAAUAUAAGUAGUUUUCCUAUUCAACAUUAAAUUUUUCUUUUAAAUUACUUGACUGGCUGUUUAAGAUUCCGUAGAAUCUAAGUAUAAACUCAGCCUCAGAGUUAGGGCUUCUAUUGAAGGCCCUGAAGAUUAGUCCCAAAGUCCUUAAUUUCCUCGUAAAGAAGGCUUUGUUCUUUCUUGAUAUAGUUUUCUUAACUGCAAGCUAACCAAACAGAUUCACUGUCUGUUUUUCCAAUACCAUUUUUAUGUUAGAAAAUAUAGAAAUACAAUACAGUUUACUUAGAUGCAAUUUUUAUCUCUCUCAAGCUCAGAAAAUGAUUCCUUUAAUGCAUACUACAUGGUCCCUAAACUUGGUAUCCAGUUUGACUGGAGAAGGUGGGUACGGAAGAAGGCAGGCAAGCAGGUAGGCAAGAAGGAAGGAUAGAAAGAACAAAGGGGAUUGAAAGCUUUCCUAGCUUUUAUAUUCUCAACUGAGAAUGAAUAAACUGAGAAGUAUUUGCAUUCAGGUUUUGCAGUCAAAAGGAGAGAAGCAAAGAGGAUAAAUUAUUUUUUCUUUCAGAAUAUUUCAAUAAGAUUCUUCCAAAAAAUACUCUUUUAAAUUCCCUCCAAAAUUUCUAUUCUGUAAUUCUUAGUCUUAUUAUUCUCUCUUACUUUAUUAUGAACCAUAGCCUUUAUAAAUUUGUCUAAAAUUAUUUAUCUAACUUAAGAUUUAAAAUAACUAUGCUUCAUAUUUUACAUUAGCCUGGAAAUCCUAGAUUCCAGUACCUCAGAUCUCUAAAAACUGAGCCAGGAGCUCCAAUUGUGAUUCUGCCCCUACCUACUCAUGUGACCCUAUGAAAUAGAUUUCAUUGUCUUGGCCACUGUUUACUUCUGUUGAGGAGGGGUACACCAAACUGGUUUUCUUUGGUUACUUUCUUCUCUUAAAUUUCUCUGGUUCCAAUAAGAAGACAGCAAUCUUGAGUUCAGUAGCCUCAUCUCAACUAGCUAUUAAUGAUCUCCUUCUACACCUUAACAUGUGGUUUGUAAAUGUUGAGAUGCAGAUCUUUCCAGCAGCCAAUCACUCUCCCUUUAUCUAUAUUUCCUUUCUUGCUCUAAUCAUUUGAACAUUAAUGUCCCUUUCAGAAGACCAUGCUUUGUUGACAGUCUUCAGUAAUAUAGUUAACAUUAAAGAGAAAAAGAAUGUAUUUAGGUCUUAUUAAAAAUAAUUAUUUAGUAAAUUAAUGGAAAUAUUUACCAAAUAUUAAUACUCUGUUGAUCAUUCUAUUAUUACUUAUCACCAUCAAACUAAAAAGUGUUUUGAAGAAAUGGUACUUUGACCACAAAAGUCAGUUGCUGAAUUUUUUGUAAUGUGUUAUGCCAUUCAAAAUUCCAACAUAUUCUGCCAUCUGAGUUACUCAGUUGGAUGGUGCCUCAUUUUAUAAAACUGGCAUUUGAUACAGUAAAACUCCUAAUGAAUUAUGUUAUUGAAAACAUGGUAUCUCUGUAUGAGGCAGCAAUAGGUAGAAGAAUGGAGAGUGUUAAUGCAUUUAAGUGCUGUGUUUUAUAACAAGUGUAAUAUCAAUAUCAUAAUAUUAAAUUAUUAAAAUAGUUUGAAGAUACUUAUUGCCCAAAUUCUCUAUAUUAUAUAGCCAUCAAGACCAAACUCACAUUUGAAUCUCUGAUGAGUGAGGUCUUGUCACCUUAUCCUUCCAGUAGCUUUGGUCUAAUUAGAAUUGCUCAUGUGGCCAUAUUUAAAGAUACUUGGAGAAAUUAUUUUCCUCUAUAUACUAGUGAAUAUUAUAGUAAUGAAUAUCACAAAAUAUUAUGAUUACAAAGAAAAAAAAAUCACAGUUUUAUUCUUUUAAAAUAACCAUAAACUAGUGAAUGACCUCAUUGAACACUGUUAUUCAUAUUGUUUUUUACCACAGUUCAUUAGUUGUUUAAAUGUCAAAGACCAAAGACUGGGAUUUCUAUUGUAUUUAACUCUACAACACUGCUGCUUCUAACUAAUUAAUUCAAAUGAAUAGGAGGGCUUAUAAUUACAAAAUGAGGUAGUAAACAUCCUCCUUACAGGAUUCUGAGCUAUCAUCAAUUAACACUUUUGUUUUAGAAGGAAAAUUUGUUAGUGUACUCCAUUUACCUUUUAUACAUGUAUAAUAAACUCCUUGAUAUUCAUAAACAGUUAUAAAGACUAUAUCCUAAAAUGGGCCCAGGAUGGAUUUAGUCAGCUGAGUUUAAACUUUCAUUGCUUGCUAAAAAUUCUUUGGAAAAUAUAAUUAAUUUGAAAUUCUUUUGGGCUAUUUUGUAAGUGUUGAUCAAAGUGGUUACCUUCUUUGAGAAAGUCAAUGCAAAACAUGAAAGGAAAUGAGGUAUAAUGAACUGUGAUUCUUUUUGUUUUUGCAGUUUUAAUAUCUCAUUUGUUUGAAUAUUUAUAAAGAAAAGCCAAACAGGGUUAAAGAUGUGCAAGGACAUUUACUAACAAUGGAAAUAUGUAAUUUCAAGUUUGAGUGUCUCGUUAUUUAUACAAUUCUUUAAACCAGGUCCACUACUCAUUUAUUUUGUUUUGUAAUUUUCAUGUAAAUGUUUUCUUGUAUAUAGAGAAAUAUGAAAAAUGGAACUAUUUUCUUACACAUACUAUGCAAUAUGUUUGUAAAAUUGCAAUAUUACCAAAAUUACAAAAGCUGUGCUUUUGUACUCUAUCUUGCUUUAUGUAAAAUCAAUCUUUUUCUAUUUAAAUGGACUAUCUGUCCCAUAAAUUGUAGAUAACAUAUCUAUUCAAAACUCAGUCUAUUGUAUCUUUUGUUUAGUUUGGGGUGGAUUGGAUUAUAUUUCUUUGGGGGGAAAAUGCAGCAAAGUUUGGCAGUUGGAAACUUUUUUUUCCUCAGAAAAUGAGACUUUUGAAGCAUGCAAUGAGCUCAUAUAAUUUAAGAUCUCUCCUGUAAUUCUUGUAUUUUGUCCUAAUUUUGGUGCUACUGUGUAAUCAUGAUUAAAUAUGAUAGUCAAA